UCUGAGGCCGGAUGAUGGCAGGAGCUGGGGAAGAUUCGCGGGCGCUCUUCGGGGCUGGCGUCCGCGCGGCGCUGGAAGCCUGGCCGGCCUUGCAAGCCGGCUUCCAGGCUGACGUGGUGGGCUCGGGCCUAUGUUCGCAGAUCGCUGUGGAGAAUGGCUUCGGGGGCGUGCACAGCCAGGAGAAGGCCGAGUGGCUGGGGCGUGCAGUAGAGGAGUACUUCUUCCGCAAUGCUGACUUGGAGCUAGAUGAGGUGGAGGAUUUCCUCGGGGAGCUCAUGACGAACGAAUUUGAUACAGUUGUGGAGGAUGGGAGUCUGCCCCAGGUGAGCCAGCAGCUACAGACCAUGUUCUACCACUUCCAGAGGGGUGAUGGGGCUGCUCUGAAGGAGAUGGCCUCUCACAUCACCCAAAGAAAGUGCAGGGUCAGAGCCACUGCAGUUACAACAGCCAGAGAAACGGAUGAAGAUGAUGCGGACAGCGUGGAGGAGAUGGAGGUCACAGCUACGAAUGAUGGGGCAGCUACAGAUGGGGUUUGCCCCCAGCCUGAAUCCACUGGUCCAGACUCCCAGACUAUUAAAGAAGAGGAUAUAGUGGAGGAUGGCUGGACCAUUGUCCGGAGAAAGAAAUGAGUGGGGCUGGAAAUGGUUUGGGCCCUUGCUUGCUAGUUGUUUUGAGACUUGUCUGUAGGGGUUUGGGGGAGGGUUGUGGACUCCUGGACUGGUUGCCCCAUCUCCACCCUCUUCCUGUUCCCCUGUCCAGUUUCCUCCAGGGGAAGAAGAGCGCUAGGGUCCUUGCUCUCUAGGUAGUGUGGCCUGGUUCACCACAGCCCCUUGGGCCUUAAGUUACUAUCUGCACGAUGAGGCCUGGUUUCCCAGCACAUUGCCUCUCAGAUGCGGUCAGUGUGAAGAGGGAGGGAUGAGCGGGUGAGGGCGUGACUGGAGAAG